ACAGCUUGAAUCUAUCAUUCACAAUUUAAUUUUAUAGGAAAAUGACUAGUUAUAGAUCAUACCAACAAGUGCUAGAUAUUAGCAUUAAGCAAAAAUCCAACAAAACUAAUGUUGCUUCCGUAACUUCCAGUGCCAUUACCACAGCCACAAAGAAGAUUACCAAGGUCAAGAAGGAUGAUAGUAAUAUAAAGAGAAGAACUAAAACAGGUUGCUUAACUUGUCGCAAAAGAAAGAAGAAGUGUGAUGAAGACAAGGUAAAUGGAAAGUGUCAAGGUUGUACUAGAAAUUUCUUGGAAUGUUGUUGGCCAGAAGCUGCACCAGUUGCGCCAGCUACCACUAAGGAACUUGCCUCUAUCACCAAAUCACCCACUCUUAGAUCCACCAAAUGUAAUAUCAGUUCAUUAUUGGCCACCCCAAUCAAAACUGAAGUAACUCAAGUCAAGUGUGAAAAAAGUACUAAGGUUGAACCAGUACCAUAUCCAAGUCCUAUUUCAUCUCCUGAAUUUACUGAAGCUAAGCUUGCAGCCAACCACGAAGUCAAUGUGAUUUCACUCCCUCCACUAUUUAAUGUUAACUACAAGCUUCAAAGCAAGGAUAGUAAUGUAAGAGGAACAAGGACCGAAGAAGUAAAACAAGAAAAGCCAAGGAUUAUUACUGCUCCGGUUACAACUCCAUUGUCACCACCAAGAACUCACGCAUCAGUCCCUACAAAGUUUGUUAUUACUUCAUUUAAUAGCCAUAAAGAUUUGUGCCAAAUCCCCAACUAGUGGUCUUUGUUUUAUUCUUUAUUAGGUUAAGAUUGGGUUCAGUUUAGUGGUUACAUUUGGGUUAUUUAUUCUUUUUAGUUCACAAUUGUCAGAGUUGUUAUAUACAAUACGGGUUACUUUAAAAUUUGGGUAUAGUUUAGCAUUAGUUAUUGCAUAAUGAAAAGUUUUUCAUUUGAAUUU